AUGGAUAUUCUUUACAUUUUCCUAUUCGCCGUUGUGCUUCCGUUCGUCGUCGCUGGGCCGCCAACACAGUUUCCGUUUCUUGAAAAACUGACGCAAGAUGAGAAAGCAACAUUUCUCGAUAUAUUCAAAAAUCAAAAUCUGACCAUCGAACAAAUCGAUGCGAAAAAGGCGAAGUUUGCAAAGGAGCAUCAUAUCACGGAAGAAUAUGAAAAGUUUGAAGAACAACGACGACAGAAUGAGAAGGAAAAACGUGAAAAAAUGAAGGAAAUAAUCGAGAAGCUUCCAAUCAUUGCGAAACAAGCUGAAACAAUUCUGAAAAAUAAGAAAUUGACGAAAAGAGAGCAAAGAGACGCAAUUGCCGAACUUAAAGCGAAAAAUCCAGACGUCACUCGCGCUCUCUUCUUCAUUUUCAAUAUGCCACAAUCUUCUGCAAAUUGA